AUGUCUUUCCUAGCAGCUUCUGGAGAUACAAUGGUGUUUGAGCUCUGGCCAUCUCCGAUGAGAAAGGAGAUUCAGAGACUUCAAGGAGACCAUGAUUUUGCGUCUUGGGAGUUGUUUCCUCCCUCCUUACAAGAUAUGGCCGAUUGGGCAGAUGUUUAUCAAGAUCACGAGAAACAAGAUUCCUCAAGGAAUUGUCUCCUCAUCUACAUGAAUAUGCAAGAUGCCAAACCGGGUGUUAUUCAGGAACUGGUCUGGGUAGGGAAUGCUACACAUUUUGAGGAUGAGACGGAGGUCACUCGUGCAGUGCAACACAUCAAUCUUUCUUCGGGAGGACAUGAAAAACCGCUGAUUGCACAUGCCCAUGCAAGGGACGUCUUUCAAGGGAGACAUAUAUCUACAGAGAUGAGCAUUCAACAAGAAGCAGGCAAAAUCUUAGCCAUGGACUCUGUCCUCUUAACUGAGGGUGAUUUCGUGGAUGUUGGCGCCAAGCUGGAUUUCAUUAUCAGGAGAGAUCGCCAGAGAGGAAUGACAUUGAGAUGCUUUCUCACAUGCACACACAUUGUGCGAAUGAUUCCCGCAAACUAUGUGAAACAUAUGAAACUGGACAAGAAGACGCUUGAUCGAAAACACGCCAUGACACCACCUGCAGAAGAGAGGGCACCCAAGAAGACCCACAUUACUCUAGCGCUCGACACGGAAUAA